AUGUCUCUGCCAGGCAAUGGAAUAUUCGUGGUGCAGGGAGAGAUGGCUAUGCUUGUAACUGCCAUGCGGCGCAGCACUCGCUGGGGCUCUCACUCCUUUCCUAACGAGGAGUAUGACGUCCUAAUGAGAACUUUCCAGGACUUGAAGACAAUCCUGAAUCAAGUAGGAGAUUUACGGCUUCUUGAUCCAUCGACAUAUUUGAGUCCCUUCCUCGAAGUCAUUAGGAGUAAGGAGACAACUGGGCCUGUUACAAGUCUAGCUCUAUCGGCUAUACAUAAAUUUUUGUCAUAUGGACUUAUUGACCCAACUCAUCCGAGCGUACCGGCUACAGUGGAGGACAUUGCCGAUGCAGUCACGCACGCUCGAUUUGUCGGUACUGAUCACUCGUCAGACGGUGUGGUUCUGAUGAAGAUAUUGCAAGUUCUCCGCACUCUAAUGCUAAGUCCAGAGGGAGUUAUGUUGACAGACGAAAGUGUUUGUGAAAUUAUGCUGAGUUGUUUUCGUAUAUGUUUCGAAACAAGAUUGACAGAACUGUUACGCAAAAAUGCCGAACAGUGCCUCCGCGAUAUGACCCAGCUGAUCUUCAUGCGGCUGCCCCAGUUCCCGCCUGAAGACGCCACAAGUAGCAUGACAACCCUCAACCUCUCCCUCAAGAAGCGAGACAAGGCGACGAAAAAGAAAAAUCUGACCACGGCCCACAGCACGAAUUCCCUAGAUAGGAAAUCUUCACUAACCGAACAGUCAAAUCCAAGCGCGGUUGAGAAUACAACCGAAGCUGACACGAAGGCAGAUGUCGUACAUAUGAACAACCGCGACAAGAACCUGAUCAACGAGGCUGAAAUCACCAUAGAGCCCCUGGACAGUAGCAGGAGCCCCGGGAAGAAGCACGGCCGCCACUCCUCGAUGGACCUGGCCAACGGCAGCGCUUCCAUCGCACAGCUGCUGGAGAAGUGCGUCAGCGGAGCCCCGACAACCCCCGCCGAGGGCGAAGUCCCAGCCGCGGCCGCGGCGGAGCCCGAAGGGGCAGCCGAUGCGCCCGUAGGGGGGAAGCCUGAAGAAGAAGAAGCUAAACCCGAAGAGGCUGGCAGGCCCGAAGAACAGAAGGAGAGCGAAGAGAGGCUCGAGGAGUAUGUGAACCAUCGCGGCAUCAGGUUCACGCCGCAGGAGGAGACGGCGGACCUGCAGCCGUACGGGCUGGUCUGCGUCAGGGAGUUGUUUAGGUUCGUGGUGUCGCUGUGCAACCCGCUGGAGGCGGGCAACAGCGGCGCCAUGGUGCAGCUGGGGCUGGCGCUGGCGGCCACGGCGCUCGAGGUGUGCGCCGACCGGCUGCCGGCGCACCCGGCGCUGCUGCGCCAGGUGCAGGACCCGCUCGCCAGGAACCUGCUCAGCUUGCUGGACACGGAGCGCAUCUCGAUAUUCGCCCUCGACCUGCAAAUCUCGUUCCUGAUGUUCGAGGCGCUGCGCCACCACCUCAAGUACCAGAUGGAGGCGUUCUUCAGGAAGAUCAUCGAGAUCGUCUCCGCGGACACGUCCAAGUCGAUCUACGAGCUGAAGGAGAUCCACCACCUGGCGCUCGAGAGCCUCGCGCAGAUGUUCCGCAUCCCGGGCCUCUGCACCGAGCUGUACCUCAACUACGACUGCGACGUGUACUGCGCCAACGUGUUCGAGGAGCUGACCAAGCUGCUCGCCAAGAACGUGGUCUCGUCGAGCGCGUACAACAUCCACGCGCUGUCGCUGGAGGCGCUGAUGACCAUCGUCGAGGCGGUGGAGGCGGGCACGAGCGAGAGGGCAGACGCGAGCGAGACGGACGCGGCGGAGGCGGCGGAGGGGGAGAGGGAGGGGGAGGGGAGGUGCGGGCACGUGUCGCUCGAGCUGGGCGGGCUGGAGGAGUCGCUGGCCGGCGACCACGUGGCCCACGACAUCGGCCACUUCUUGGACGCCAGGCCCGGCCGGCACGUGCCCUCGGCCCCGCUGCCCACCGAGGCCGAGCUGGACAACAUCAGGAACAUCAAGAAGUGGGUGAGCCAAGGCACGGAGCUGUUCAACCAGAAGCCGGAGCGGGGAAUCGAGUUCCUGCAGGAGCAUGGGGUCCUGGCCAGCCCCCUGGAUCCCCAUCAGGUGGCCGCCUUCCUGCGGGAGAAUCCCGACCUAGACAAGAAGAUGAUCGGCGAGUACAUCUGCAAGCGGUCGUCGCGCGGCGAGGAGGGCGGGCCUUCGGUGCUGUCUGCGUUCGCGGCCAGCUUCCAGUACGCGGCGCUGCGCAUCGACCAGGCGCUGCGCCUCUACCUGGAGACGUUCCGGCUGCCGGGCGAGGCGCCGCUCAUCUUCCUCGUCAUGGAGAAGUUCGCCGAGCGCUGGCACACGACGAACGGCGAGCCGUUCGCCAACACGGACGCCGCCUUCCGGCUGGCCUACGCCAUCAUAAUGCUGAACAUGGACCAGCACAACCACAACGCGAAGAAGCUCAACGUGCCGAUGACCGUGGAGGACUUCGUGAAGAACUUGCGCGGCUGCAACGGCUCCGGCGACUUCGACCAGCCGAUGCUCGAGGCGAUCUUCCACUCUAUUAAGAACGAGGAGAUGGUGAUGCCGGCGGAGCGCGUGGGCGCAGUGCGCGACGCGUACCUGUGGCGGGUGCUGCAGCGGCGCGGGCGCACCGCCGCCGCCGCCUACCGCGCGCCGCCGCCGCGCCACGCCCACCACAAGCGCCUGCUGCCGCUGCUCUGCCCGCCCGCGGUGUCAGCUCUAUCGGCCGCCUUCGAGCGCGCCCCUCCCCCCACCGCGGAGGAGGUGGAGAGCGGUGGUGGUGGCAGUGGCGGUGGCGGUGGAAACGCAGCGCUGGUGGCGCUGGGCGGGCUGGAGCGGUGCGCGGCGCUGGUGGCGCGUCUGCAGCCGGACACCAUGCCCCUGGACAGCGUGGUGCUCACGCUGUGCAAGUUCAGCGGGCUGCUGGCUCCCCACCAGGCCGGAUACAUCGCCGUCGGUGUGGCCCUGGGCCAGUCGGCGAAGGCCCAGCUGGCGCUGCGCAGGGCCUGCCUGGUGGCGGCCCGCCACGCCGACUGCCUGCGCGACUCCUGGCGCCACCUGCUGGAGAUCCUCAACACGCUCUACCUGGGCCGGCUGCUGCCCAAGUGCCUGGUGGAGGCGGAGGACUACUUGGCGCCGGGCGGCACCGUCUCGCUGGUGCGGGACGUCUCGCGGGGCUCCGAGGCCGGCCUGCUGUCCAGCCUCUACUCCUACAUCGCGCUCGGCGAGAGCGGCGCGCGCACCCCCACGCCCCACGAGAGGGCGCUGAUCGAGGCGGCGACGGAGUGCGUGGCCAAGUGCAACCUGCCCGGCCUGCUCAUCACAGAGACCAGGUUCCUGCAGCUGGAGAGCUUGCAGGAACUGAUCAGGGCGAUGGUGGCAGUGGGAACGCCCCCAGACGCAGAUAGCCUGCAACUAAACCCUCAACUGGAGGACAUCACCAUUUUCUUCUUGGAGCUUCUCGGCAAGACUCUGAUACAGAAUCGGGACCGGCUGCUGUGCGUGUGGCAGGAGGCGGGCGCGCACGUGGAGCGCGUGGUGGCGUGGGCUGCCACGCGCGGCCACCAGCCGCUCACCAGGGCGCUGACGAUGCUGCUGCGCACCGCCGCGCGGCUCAUGCGCUGCGAGCUGUGCGCGCCGCCAGUGCUGCAACACCUCACGCUGCUCUUCCGGCUGCCCUACAAGCUCUUCUACCAGCAGGCGGACGUGAUAUCGUGCGGCCUGUACGAGCUGGUGAAGACCUCGGCGCAGAACGUGCACAGCGGCGAGGAGUGGGGGGUGCUGUUCUCCCUGCUGGCGGCAGCUGGUGCGGGCGCCUGGCCCGAGGGGGACGGCGCCGACUGGCCCGCCACCGCCAGUUCAGCUUCGAGCCGCUCAGAGGGAUCCGACGAGGAGAUAGAGAAGAGACCCACUAGCGUCUCCUCCGAGAGCGAACUUUCGCACUCCCCGCAAACGCAGGGCUGGAUUCUGGUGAGGAGGGAGUCGCGCGGCGGGGCGGAGGGCGUGCGGCUGCGCGCGCACCGCGCGUCGGCGCUGGCGCGCUGCGCGGAGGCGCUGGCGCUGGUGGUGCGCGACGUGGCGCACGUCACGCCGCACAACUGCCGCGCGGCCGUGCGCGCCGUGCGCCUGCUCGCGCGCGCCACGCUGCACGCGCACGGCAAGAAGAGCAGCCGCGGCGAGGAGAGGAGGGGGCGGGGCGCGAGGCGCCGGGCUGACGACUCCAGCGACGAGGAGCUGGACACCCUCGACCAGUACCACAUGGUCAGCAUACAGCUGCUCGACCUGAUGCACACGCUGCACAGCCGCACCGCCCAGAUCUUCAAGUGGUGGCGCGACGAGGCGGACCACGGACAAGGCGAGGACUACGACCUUUGGGAGGUGGCGUGGAAACCGCUGCUGCAGGGCAUCGCGGAGUUCUGCACGGACAGGCGGCGACAGGUCGCGAACAGCGCGAUAGCUUAUCUACAGCGGGCUCUUCUGGCGCCGGCUCUGUCCGCCCUCGGCGGCGGCGGGUGGGAGGCGUGCUUCGAGCACGUUCUUCUGCCACUCCUCUCGGAGCCCCCACGGAGGGCGGACGCUGCGGCGCGCGCUGACACCGUCAUGUGCAAGGUGUUCCUGCAGCACCUGCAAGCGCUGAGCGGCCGCGCCUCCUUCGGCGCCUUGUGGGCGCGAGUGCUGCGCGUGCAGCGCUCUCUGCUGACGGCGCCUCAGGAGCCCCUCCGCGAGGCGGCGCUCGAGUCGCUCAAGAACAUGCUUCUCGUCAUGCACUCCGUGCGGAUAUUCAACACCGGCGACAACUACAACGACCUGUGGUACAUCACCUGGGAGAUCAUCGGUGAAUUCCUGCCAAAUCUCAAGGAGGAACUAUUCCCCGGAGUGAUAGACAACAGCAGGCCCACCGCGAACCUUCCGAGCCACAUGCAGCCGCACCUGCCGCCGAGCCUGCCGACCCUGGUGCCGGUCUCCCCCGUGCCGAGCCAGCCCGCACUGAGCCAGCCCGCAGCGAGCCAGCCCGCACCGAAAGCCAGCCCGCAGCCCGCGCAGCCGCCGAACAUUCUGGUCAACGUGCAAACGCCGCCCUCCCUGGUGGCACCGACCCCGAUAAGUGCUCCGAACGGAGCACCAACGGGCGACACGGCACCAAACCCCGCGCCCGUCAGCGGGAUGGUGCCGAUCAGGAAUCCGCUGUACGACCAGUCGGGGCUGACCUCGUCCGUCCUGCUGCAGCCCCUGAACGAGAUGAUAUCAACGCCAAUAGGCAUAUCGAUACAGACGCAGCCGCCCGUGCUGUACCCGAGGGCACCUGACCCCCAGAGAGUCCAAGCGCCAAGCGAAAACGAACCUAAACCCAAAGCGGUAGAGUCCACGCCCACCACCAACGACCAGGACACGAACAACAUCGUCAAGGACACGCAGCAGAGCGAGCUCUACGCCGAAUACCUCUCCGACCCCUACAACGACUCCAAAGAACUCUCGCCGAAAGAGGCCACUCUGUACGACCCGGAGGACAACCGCCACGUAUCCGGCACGAAGGACCAAGAUCCAGAAUCGCUGGAGAUCACGCCGAUGCUCUCGCAAAAGUCCUACAGCGCCAAUACGACCCCUAUGCACGUAAGGAAUAAGGCUCAGUUCGGCUCAAGCGAGAACGUCCGGCAGGAGUCUGGCAUAUUCAACUUCGCCAGCUACUUCGGCGCCUCGAACGACCUGGUUGUACCCGGUUCGGAGGUCUUCGACACCUUGAUGUCCACGCAGGAGGGA